AUGCUCGAGGACACCCCCUUUGGCUUUACGCCAACCGAGACCACGCCCUGCGUGGCCUGCCCGCCUGCGUCGUGCUCCUCGGCUCUUCGGCUUUACGCCACCCGAGACCACGCUUGCGCGGCCUGCCCGCCUGCGUCGUGCUCCUCGGCUCUUUGGCUUUACGCCACCCGAGACCACGCCUGCGCGGCCUGCCCGCCUGUGUCGUGCUCCUCAGGCUUUACGCCACCCGAGACCACGCCCUGCGCGGCCUGCCCGCCUGCGUCGUGCUCCUCGGCUCUUCAGGCUUUACGCCACCCGAGACCACGCCCUGCGCGGCCUGCCCGCCUGCGUCGUGCUCCUCGGCUCUUCAGGCUUUACGCCACCCGAGACCACGCCCUGCGCGACCUGCCCGCCUGCGUCGUGCUCCUCGGCUCUUCGGCUUUACGCCACCCGAGACCACGCCUGCGCGGCCUGCCCGCCUGCGUCGUGCUCCUCGGCUCUUCGGCUUUACGCCACCCGAGACCACGCCCUGCGCGGCCUGCCCGCCUGCGUCGUGCUCCUCGGCUCCUCAGGCUUUACGCCACCCGAGACCACGCCCUGCGCGGCCUGCCCGCCUGCGUCGUGCUCCUCGGCUCUUCAGGCUUUACGCCACCCGAGACCACGCCCUGCGCGGCCUGCCCGCCUGCGUCGUGCUCCUCGGCUCUUCGGCUUUACGCCACCCGAGACCACGCCUGCGCGGCCUGCCCGCCUGCGUCGUGCUCCUCGGCUCUUCGGCUUUACGCCACCCGAGACCACGCCUGCGCGGCCUGCCCGCUUGCGUCGUGCUCCUCGGCUCUUCGGCUCUACGCCAUCCCUAGACCACACCUGCGCGGUCACCCCGCCUGCGUUGGGCUCCUCGGCCCUCGGCUCUACGCCAUCCCUAGACCACACCUGCGCGGUCACCCCGCCUGCGUUGGGCUCCUCGGCCCUCGGCUCUACGCCAUCCCGAGACCACACCUGCGCGGUCACCCCGCCUGCGUUGUGCUCCUCGGCCCUCGGCUCUAUGCCUCCCGAAAUCACGCCUGCGCGGUCACCACGCCUGCGUUGUGCUCCUCAGCCCUCAUCGGCUCCAUCGGCCCCGAGUCUAACCCUGCUCGGCUUCCUGACUGAGUUGCGCACUUCGGCCCCAUGUUGCACGAGACACGUCCGCGCGGCUAGCCCGCCUACUUCAUACGCCUCGGAUAUGCAUGACCAGCCCACCUGAAGUAAAAAGCCAUGCAUCGGACCCCCUGCAUGCAAGAACCGACGCAUAGCUCCUUUCGGGGGGGCAUAUGAUAUGGCAAAAAAUGGCAGACCGAGCACAGCCGGACGGGGCAGAAGAAGGUAAUGGUUGAAGCUCGCCCAUACCCUGCGAUCCCCUGAUCUCCCACGCAACCCCCUGAGCAACACACUGCCCGAGGCUCUCCGUACCCUGCAGCAGCUCGGCCUCCCACACAACCCCAGCGGUAACAUCAAACCUUCUCUAUAAACACCCCUGAGUCCUAAGCAAAAAGGGGGGAACUCACUCAAACACAACACUCAGAGGCUCUUCUUCUGCCUCAUCCACAAUCCCCUCCACAUCCUUCUCUAACUUGAUCGUCGGAGGGGUCGGGCCGAGCUCCCGGCCCGACCUGUGUGCAGGUGCGAGACGGUGUUGCCUCUUCCCGAAGCUGCGGCAGAGCUGCCUCCCGACCCGAGCCGCCGACCCGAAUCGUCGAACCAAGCUGCCUCCCGAACCGAGCCGCCGACCCGACCGGGAAGACCCGACCUACCGACCCGAACCACCGAGCUCGGCUGCAGGGAGACCUCGAGGAGCGCCCCCAAGGAGAUCACCGCCUUCCGGACCCGAACCGAGCCGCGACGGCCCCGAGGCCACGGCUAAUAAGUUACUUACACUAACACCUGAUCUAAUGCCAUGCCCCAACCUUUAUCGACCUGCCCCGAGAGCGACGCAUCAUCAUCGGAAAAGACCUCGCUAGCUCUGGUGGCUGUGCCGCCCAUGAAUGUGGAGCCACUGGCCAUGGUUCCACCAUGCAUACAAUAAGCCCAAGCGACACGAAGUCUCUCCCCGCCGAGUUCGGAGGCCCUUCCUUCUCUGCCGCCGAAGUGGAAGCUUGGGACUGGAAGGCAUGUUUUCCAUCUGCUGCAUUACAACGAUAAUAGAUAGACGCAGGCAGGCAGGCUUCUUUCUUACGGCUGCAUGCAUUCAUUGGUUCAGGUGGCGAGAUGUCAAACUCUCCGACUUCGAGAACGCAAAGCACAGGACUUACGUAGAUCUCAGGGUAAUAAAUAACAGUGUCUGCACCGUCUCAAACACUACGACUAAUUCUGGCAUGUUCGACUAUGUUCUUAGCUUCCGUUUCAAGUGUUACUACUUCUCUCGGACUGGUUUGGUUGGCGGGUGAUGGUAGGAAAGUUAGCUGCAUCCAUUUUAGCAUAUGCGUGACGUUGCCCUACGCAACUUGGUUAAAGACAUCGACUCGGUUAGGGAUAAAGAUGGACCGAAGUGUCAUUCUUGCAUCUCUCCUAUGGUGGGAAGAAGCUGCACGUCUCUGGAGAAAAGAUAGUGUAAUGUGCCAUGUGCUAAUCAUGGUGGAAUUGUUUUGGUUGACGCACAGUCAGGAUUUCUCCACGGCACUGGUCUCAGCAUCAAGCCAAACUCCAGCUGAGAUCUCUUUCAUAUCUAUCUAAAGAGAUAGAAGCCAGAUGUUCCACGCUAGAUUCUCUCAAGAAAAUACGAAAAAGACAGGUAAAAUUAGUUGAUGAAUCUGUAAUACAUGCAGCAUUAUCAUACACGUCUCCCAUUUCCCACCUCACUCACCAAGAUUUCACCAAGUCCGUCUUCUCGGCUCCAGUAAGAGCGAUUGUGACUCACUGGUGGAGAUCAUCCCAACAUCAAAAAACAAUGUAAUUUGGUGUUCGUUCUCCUGUCAGGGAGAAUUGAUUUCGGCCCGUUCUUCCUACAAAUCUCCAGCGAUGGCUUGCGGUGGAUCUGGAGAAACGUAGAAAAUGAAUCAAUUGUGCUCUGUUCUACAAAUCGUUGCUUUAGGUUUGAAGUUAAAAGGAGACAUAGAGGUCGCUGAUUCUGUUCAA